GGCAUCGGUAGUUUCGUGCUCUAAAAUGCUUAGUUUGUUAGUAAAUCGGAAAAACAUUAACAUGUUAACCAACGUACUUCUUGAGGAACCGUAUAAAACGUUGGAAGUCGACGAAAUGAGAAUUCGAUAUAAAUUCGAUAGACUCAUAUAUAUCAAUACAUUCCGCUAUAUUAUUUUGGUGGAAACAACUGGCGUGUGUUUCACCGUAACGUCCUUGUUCACGGUGUUCAGAAAAGGAGAUCUAACAUAUAGAGCAUGGCUGCCGUAUGACUAUUGUUCGUCCACCAUCGUAUUUUGUCUCACGUACGCUCAUCAACUUAUUAGCCUAUCGGUUGGAUCACUCGUCAAUGUGGCUUAUGACAGUCUCAUUUGUGGAUUAAUGGUGCACAUUUGCUGCCAGUUUGAGAUUUUAGAAUGCCGAUUGAGCAAAAUAUCAAAUAAUUUCAAUACUCUUCGCGACUGUGUACGUCAUCACGACAGUAUAUUAAAGUAUGCACUCAAAUUAAACAGUAAAUUCAAAAUGACUAUCGCCAUGCAAUUUGUAGUGAGCACGUUGGUGGUAUGUUCCAAUUUGUAUCAAAUGACUAAAUCAACAGCUUUAAAUACGAGUUAUCUUCCCUUACUAUUGUACAUGUUUUGCAUGUUGACACAAAUUUUCAUUUAUUGUUGGUACGGAAACGAAGUAAAGUUAAAGAGCACUCAACUGCUCAACAACAUUUUUGCGAUGGAUUGGAUAACGAUGGAUAGAAAUCUCAAAGAAGGUUUAUUAUUCAUUAUGACUCGUGCAGCAGUUCCAAUAGAAUUUACCAGCGCUUAUGUUCUGUCUAUGAAUCUCGAUUCUUUCGUUGGGUUACUUAAGACGUCAUAUUCAGCUUACAACAUUCUAAAACAAGUAUAAGAGUUACGAGUAUCAAGUACAAAUAAAAUUGAGAUUACUAAAAUGU